AAAAAAUUUCAAAAAUCCCACAUUUAUAGAUAAUCCAAUGACAUUUUAUGUACAUGCGUAUUAAAUUUAAAACUAGAUUCACACUAGUCAAGUAGAACUUAGAACUUGCUAAAGUGCUGAUCCUCACAAGAUUGGAGUAUGGCUAAAAUAAUUGCACAAAUAAUAUUAUCUGGAUCACAAGUAUUGGGGCGAGCGUUUGCACGGGCACUUAAACAGGAAUAUGAAGCAUCACAAGAAGCAGCCAAAAUGCGUGGACGAACAUCAAGACGGGAUCCACGUAGCGAACGAGCCGGAAUCACUUUAGACGAAGCCAAACAAAUCUUAAAUGUUGAGACUAUCGACGAUCCGAAAUUAAUUGAAGAACGAUACAAGAAACUAUUUGAAGCGAAUGAAAAAGUAGGCUCCUUCUAUUUACAAUCGAAAGUGUUUCGAGCUAGAGAACGAAUAAAUAUGGAAUUAGUAUCUAGUCAAUCGAAUGAUGGUAGCAAAACAAAAGGUCCAGAUUUGAACCAGAAAUAAUAAAUUAGUCGUUUUAUUUAAAUUAGUAACCAAAUUUUUAGUACAAGUUUAGAGACAGACAGACAGACAGACAUAAAACCUUUAAAUAUUAUUUUGUGAUGUAAGCUCUGAUAAUGAUUACUAAUAAAAUGGUAUUAAAAGUGCGUGUUCCUGAUCCUUGUCCUGCUGAAUCCUGAGUUCAAUCCAAUAAUUAAAUAAAACAGUGCGCUAGUAACGUUUACUGUACAGUGUGUACAGAGACGGUACAAUGUAAAAAGUCUCCAACAUCAUGUAGUAGUGUGUACAGUUACAGUCACAACAAUGAACACAAUAAUUAAAUAUAUUUUUGUACUGUGAUAAAAUUUUCAUUGUUUAAAA